AUACUUCAAAUAAUUAUUACUUUUUUGUUAUUAAAAAAAGUUUAUUAAGUUUAUUAGAUUAUUCAACAACAAAAACAAUGAAUGGUUUACUAGUUUGCAGUUUAUUACUAUCGAUGAUAGUUAUGAUCAAAAUAGACCUCACAAACGGUGAGUGCUGUUAUGUGGCUUUGAAAUGCAAAGAGGAUUCAAAAUCAGUGGAAAGGUGUUGGGACUGUACAGAAGCCAGUUAUUAUUGCGGUGUCGGUAAAUGUAAUGUUGUUGGCUGCAAUUGCGAUGGUGGGUGCCGUAAAGGCGACUCAACUAUGUGGUGCUGGAAUGUGGUGUCGGGAUGUACGAAAAAACAUCUCUACCAACAACUACUGAUAUCAUCGGCUCCCGGAAGCAACCGACAAUUAGAUGCCCAGUAUGUGUUCAAUAGUAUCGACACCGAUGGUAACGGUAAAGUGACUGUAGAUGAGCUCAAUGCCUAUGUGGCCGUUAAACAGACAGCCGAUGGUCGCAACGUUGCCGAAGAGUUCAACCGAAUGGAUAAAAAUAUGGACGGAUUUCUAACUGUCGAUGAAAUUGAUGGUUAAACUAAUGUUAUAAUUUAUGUCUAUAUAUAUGUAAUAUUUUAUUAAUUAUUUUUUAAAUAUUUAUUUAAUUGUAUUACCGU